AUGGUUGUUGAAGUCGUACCCUCAGAACUUUAUAUGCUGCAGUUGCUUUAUGCCUCAAUAGUGGACUGUGUUCGUUAUGUCGUUGGUUCAUCCCUCGAUCUGAACUACGACUGGAUUUUCAAGACCUAUGCGACUUCGUGCUCUAUUUCGGUUCGUAAAUGUGAGUACACUUAUCGGACUGGGUUAGUCUAUUUAGGUCAUGCCUUGAGAAUGCUCUCAAGACCAUCUUCUCCCUCUAAUUGUCUCAUCUUCUCACCGGCGAUCCCUUCAGGUCCUGUCUCUCCGGCCACCGCUUUCCCUUCCGUCACUCUCCGUCUCACUUCCUUCUCAGUUGAAGAUCUAGCUAAAAGAUAUAUUGAGGGUUCAAUUGGCAAAAAGUGGAGAGAGUAUAGACUUAAACUAUUUGAUGAUAACUUCGAUCCUACUUUGAGAAAGAAUGAAAUUGUCAACAAUAGACCUGAGAAUGUUCCCUUGGACCAUUGGAUGAAAUUUGUUGAAUAUCGCUUGAAACCCGAGACUAUGGAAAUGUGCAAGCGAAACAAAGAAGCGAGAAAGAAACAGAUUUUUAAUCAUACGUGCAGCGCCAUGACUUUCGCGAGAAAAAGACAUAUCCUAAUUCUUGAGGCUGGUAAGCCUGUCGGUCGGGGUCCAAUGUGGGAUAUGACCCACAAAAGGGCAGAUGGGAAGUAUGUGAAUGAAGAAGCUCAGAAGAUAGGGGAGAAAAUUUGCAAUCAUAUAGCUGAAAACCCUGAUGCUUAUUCUGAAAUUUCUCCAAAUGAUAUUGUUGGCAAGAUAUUUGGAAAAGAGCAUUCUGGCCGUGUUCGAGGAAUGGGCAUGGGAGUGGUUCCUACUAUUGCUUUUAAGCAUACUACCACACGACUUAGCGGUAUGGAGUUUGGCUUUUUUCGUGGUAGUACUUCAAGCGGCAGUUCUGCAUUGGUGAACCAAAAACUUGCAACUAUGGAGGCUCAAAUGACAGCACUUGUUGGCUACAUUAAAGCGAAGGAAGGUGGUUCACUACCUCCAGAGUUAGCUGCUGCCUUAUUUCCCAAUGAUACACAACAAGCAUCAAACGUUGGAAGUGAAUCUCCAACAACCAAUGACAUAACUAGAUCAUCAGAUGAAAGCAACGCACGUGGAGCAUGAGAGUCCUAAUUUUAGUGACAUCAGUUGUCUAGUCAUUUUUAUGUUUUGAAACUUGUUAUUUUGAGAAUAGCUAAAGAUGGUGGCAAUGGUUUGUGUAACUUUAUUUUUGGAGACUUGUUUAUAUUUAAGACUUGUUUUGGAUAUUUGUAUCAAACUCCACUUGAGUUGAAUUAUAAAUAUAUCAAUGACAAUGUUCAAAAUUUGUUUGUCCUU